GUCCCACAUGGACAGACCGACCUGCCGAAUGCGGAGAGCCACGAGGCGAUACGGCAUGUUCGUUUCUCUCGCGAAGUUCACACCCGCGACCAGCAGACCGACAAUAUCCUCUACCACAUCGACUUCGACGAACAGGAGCCCUUACUCCAGCACCUUCGACGACUUCAGGCUCCCAGGCUUACCUUCGACUUCACCGACCGUUGCCACAACAAGGUAUCAGACUACAUGGUGCGAACAUUUCCAUACCGACAGCUUCCACGAGAUUCUCGCCUGUAUUUAUACACCGACGGCUCCAAACACCCACGCCAACAUGGUCAAGACGGAUGGUCGGUUGUACUCGUCGGAGAAGACGAAGAAGGCUUCUCUUUUCAAGGCGCAAUAGUCGGCAAGCACCGCGACUCCACCCUCGUAGAGAUCCAAAACCUCACGGACAACGAGACCACCUCGACAUCCAGCGAGAUCACAGCGCUCAUCUGGGCGUUCGCCUACAUCAUCCACAAGGACAUCCACCACAGCAUUUCGGUCCACUCCGACUCGCUGGGAGCGAUCCAACUGGCCAGGAUGGAGGCUUUUACUAACCGCGACGCCCACCUUGUGCAGCUACUGGUGAUCAUGUACUCGCACGUCAAGGACUACCCGCACCCACAACCCGAAUGGGCCGACAUACUCAACGCGUCCCCUCAGCGCAGCUGGGAAUUCCUACUUGAUGCCGACAACCACACCAAGGACGCUUACCCAUCCUUUUCACCUGGGAUGCUCAGGGCCCAACGCAUCGAUACCACGGCAACGACAGCUCACCUUUCGACACCAGCCAAGACCACGAAGACCUCGACCGAGAUAGACGUCAACAUCGCCACCUACAACAUCCAGUCAGGGCGCGAACCUGGCCUCGGCGCUCGACGGCGCAAAGAGAAGAUCCACAAGCUCAGAAAGACUAUGCUCAACCUGUACAUGGAGGACCUCCACCUGAUCGGCAUCCAGGAAGCCCGCACGCCCUGGGGAGUUCGCAGUGGCAACGACAUCACCAGCACGAGUGCGUACGCCUACCACGUCAUCUCAGGGGGCCACGACCGGUACAACCUCGGCUGCGAGCUCCACAUACUCACCAGCAAGCCGUACGGAAAGGCAGGAGCCAAGGACCUCUACUUCCGCCCCGAUCAGUUCACUGUCAUCGAGCACAGCCCUCGGCACCUCAUAGUAAGGAUCGAAGCCCCAGGCUUUCGACACACAGUCCGCGUCGCCCAUGCACCACAUUCACGAGCCACGCCACACGAGAAGGAUACCUUCUGGGAGACGAUCGAGUGCGCAACCUCUAACCACAAUAUCAACAUCCUCUUCAUCGACGCAAACGCUCGAACGGGCAGCUUAUGCAGCCAGGCAAUCGGCGAUCAAGGCUUCAAGCAAAAGGAGAACGACAACGGCGAACGCUUCCACAAGGUCCUGCAAGGUAACUCUCUCAUCGCCGCGAAUACCUUCAAAAGCGGUGGCCAGGACCACUACACCUGGGACUCAGGCAAGGACGUGCACAGACUGGACUACAUAGUGGUUGGCCACGAGCUCUUCGACUCCAUCUCCUACACGUCCGUAAUGUACGGCAUCGACACAGUAGACGACCACUCACACAAGAACGACCACUUCCCUGUCAAGGCCAACCUCGCCUACACCGUCGAGACCGCCUACCAACGCGGCACGCCCAAGCUCGACAUCGCUAAGCUCGACUCCGAGACAGCCAAGAACGACUUUCAACGACGCCUGCAGCAGAUCCAACACCCUCCCUGGGAGACCAACCUCAACGACCAUACUAAGAGCAUCGUCGAUCAGAUAAAGGACGCAGCCUACGCCAGCUUCAAGAAGCAGCAUCAUGCCCCCCGCAAGCCCUACAUUACCGAGGCCUCCUACGCGCUUCUUCGAUUCCGACGCACCCUCCUCAAGACGAUCCGCAUAGUGAAAAGGAAUGGCAUUGGCUCCAAGAAAUCACGCAGACGGAUCCGAUACACCGCGCACCUCAUCGCAAACCAGUCGGCUUCAGCGUCCCCUGACGACGUCAUCCACCUCCUGGACAUCCCUGGAUACACCAAGUUGAUGAUCAAGACCAUCCUCUUCAUCAACCACGCGGACCCCGACCAUACCACGGCUCCACACCACGACAGCACCUCCUGCACAACCACCUUCACUACUGAUCUUUUCGGCUCAUACAUGAGCUUCAUCCAAGAUGCCGACCGCGCUCUCAGAAACCGCCUCGACCACGACCGCGACGCCCACCUCGAGCGCUUCUCCGACAACAUGAUAUUAUCAGCAGCAGGGAAUGCCCCUCGGCAGGAAUGGGCAAGCGUGAGGGCCUUACUCACAUAUGGCGGCCGUACACCUAAGAGAACUCCGACUCCCAAAAUACGCCAAGACGAUGACGGCGCUCCACUCACGACGCCACAAGCCAUCGCGGAGCACGCCCUUCGAUACUACGGCAACAUCGAGAACGGCAUCAACACCGACAUCGAAGGCGUCGUCAAGUACUACAACAACAAGACUGCGCACACUAAGCCGACCCCCCACAUCGACAACGUCCAGACCAUCCACAACCUGACAUCCGCCCUGGCAGCCGCCAAGAAAGGCAGACGCGGCGGGCCCGACGGGAACACCGACGACAUGGCACGAGCAGCGCCGCGCCAGAUGGCCCGACUUCUGCACCCCAUCAUGGUGAAGAUGCAGCUGAUGACGACGGAGCCCAUUUCGGCGAAGGGCGGCUUCUCCACCCAUUUCUCCAAAGGACAAGGACAGCUUCAUCUGCAGAAAGCCUACAGGGGCAUCCUCCUGAACAACACUAUUGGCAAGAUCAACAGCAAGUUCCUGAGAGGCCUCUUCCGCGACAUCUUACCCGACCUGCUUAUGGACACACAAUGCGGCGCCGUCCCUCACAAGGCGACUGACUUCAUCACUCACACCGCCUACACCUUCUUAGACGACUGCCGUACGCAGGCUCGCACGGGCAGCAUCCUCUUCCUGGACUUGAAAGAAGCCUUCCAUUCGGUAAUCAGGGAGUUCAUUUUCCAGCUGCCGACUCAGGAGGACGAGCUCGAAGACGUCAUCGACAACAUCGAGAUUACCAUCUGCCUUCUUCCCUCUCUACGACAACGCCUUCGCUGUCCAGCACAUCUCAACGCCCACGUCGACGACUCUCACCUCUGCGCCCUCGUUGCCGACCACCACACGGCCAACUGGAUGACCGCCAAGGGCACCGACGCAUACGUGAUCCCUCGCACCAGUACCAGGCCAGGGGUGCCAUACUCCGACGCGGCUUUCAACAUGCACUUCUCCCUGGUGCUUCAGCUGACCAACAUGUCCUUCGUCGAUGACCUCACCGACUUCAACUCGACCACCCGCCACUCCGACAUCAUUGACAUUACGAGAACUUCAGCCGAACGACUAUGCCGUACAGCAUUCACCUACGGGCUCAAGCCACACCCAGACAAGACCAAGGUCAUCCUCUCCUUUAACGGGACGGGAUCCAACGUCGCACGCAGUAGGCUUGCACAGCAGAACAUUACAUCAAUCCAGCUGAGCAUCAUGUCGAUCUCGGUCCAGAUCACAGACCAGCACCGACUCUUAGGCACCAUCCUCACCAGCGGCAGCAUGGGCCCCGAGGUGCAGAAUCGCAUGCGACGAACCGACGCUUCGGCACGAGCUCUUGAGAGGCAAAUCCUACGACGUCGACGCCUACCCCGCAAAACAAAGAUCAAGUACGUGCACGCCCUCUCGACUGCCUCAUUAACCUUCAACCACCACGUCUGGCCAGCACUGACCCAGACUGACCACCAGCGCAUCUCCAAUGCCUACUCGAAGCCCUAUCGCACGGCAGCUGGAAUACCCAAAGCUAACUCGCAGCUUCAUCAUUUCACGGCCACCGAAGUAGUAGCCUACACUGGCAUCCCCGACUUCGACCACCACCAGUCUGCUGGAAGGCUGCGAUACUUACCACGGCUUCUACGAUACGCUCCUCAGCAGCUCCUCCAACUGCUUGACAACCAGCGACGGAGAAAGGGCUCAUGGACAUACAUGCUUUUCCAGGACUUCGACUUCCUGCGCACAUACCUGGACGACCAGCGCUGGCCCACGACCAGCAAGCUCGACUCCGACGUUUUUGCAUGGGCACGCGCCACGCCGAAGCACUUCAGCAACUCCGUCAACCUGGCUGUCACAAACUACAUCCGCGCAUCCAAAGACCGCGCCCACGUCGACAAGCUGACCAAGGUGCUCAGACCCGACGGUCCCAUUGGUGCGGACCCCACGCCAUCACGCGACAACGGCGCCAGCAACUUCAUCUGCUACGAGUGUGGAAUCGUUACCAAGACCAAGCAGGGCAUGGCAAUACAUAUCG